AUGGCCAUCUCGCUGCAAUUUUCUCGUAUCUCCACCGGACCGGGCUUCUCUUUGCCGGAGACACGACUUUUUUGGUGCCGGAAAUCUUGCUACGUUCGAUGUUCCGCAGCCGGAGAAGCUGCAUCAUCCUCGUCGGCUACCGUGGAGUCGGAGUUUGACGCUAAGGUGUUCCGGCACAACUUGACUAGGAGCAAGAAUUACAAUCGCAAAGGGUUUGGACACAAAAAGGAGACUCUCGAGCUCAUGAACCGCGAGUACACAAGUGACAUUAUAAAGAAAUUGAAGGAGAAUGAGUAUGUAUACACCUGGGGAAAUGUAACAGUAAAGCUUGCAGAAGCAUAUGGCUUUUGUUGGGGGGUCGAGCGGGCGGUCCAGAUUGCUUAUGAAGCAAGAAAACAAUUCCCAACUGAGAAGAUUUGGAUCACCAAUGAAAUUAUUCAUAACCCCACUGUUAAUAAGAGGCUUGAUGAGAUGGAAGUUAAAAACCUUCCUGUUGAGGAUGGGAAAAAAAAUUUUGAUGUUGUUAAUAAGGGCGAUGUGGUUAUGCUGCCUGCUUUUGGAGCUGCUGUGGAUGAGAUGUUGCUUUUGAAUGACAAGAACGUGCAAAUAGUUGAUACAACUUGCCCAUGGGUAUCAAAGGUAUGGAAUACUGUUGAAAAGCACAAGAAGGGAGAGUACACUUCAAUUAUUCACGGCAAAUAUUCUCAUGAAGAGACUGUAGCAACUGCUUCUUUUGCAGGGACAUAUAUAAUUGUAAAGAACAUGGCAGAGGCAACAUAUGUUUGCGAUUACAUUCUGGGUGGUGAACUUGAUGGAUCCAGCUCUACCAAAGAAGCUUUUCUUGAGAAAUUUAAAUAUGCUGUAUCCAAAGGAUUUGAUCCAGAUACCGAUCUUGUAAAAGUUGGUAUUGCAAAUCAAACAACAAUGUUGAAGGGAGAAACUGAGGAGAUUGGAAAAUUAGUUGAGAGAUCCCUGAUGCGCAAGUACGGAGUGGAAAAUAUUAACAAUCACUUCAUAAGUUUCAAUACUAUUUGUGAUGCAACUCAAGAGCGGCAAGAUGCCAUGUAUAAGCUGGUUGAUGAACAGAUGGAUCUCAUGCUAGUGGUUGGUGGGUGGAACUCGAGUAACACUUCACACCUACAAGAAAUUGCAGAGGCUCGUGGAAUUCCAUCCUAUUGGAUCGACAGUGAGAAGAGAAUAGGUCCUGGGAACAGAAUUAGUUACAAGUUGAUGCAUGGGGAGUUGGUAGAGAAAGAGAACUGGCUACCAGAGGGUCCUAUCACAAUAGGUGUAACAUCUGGUGCGUCCACCCCUGAUAAGGUUGUUGAAGAUGCCCUCAUCAAGGUUUUUGACAUCAAGCGGGAAGAAGCAUUGCAAGUGGCAUAG